AGUUACACAUCAAAAACAGUCGCAACCAAAGAUGUUUGCCUUUGACACCUACAGAUGGCAGCACUACAAUGAAAUUUGGAACUAACACAGUGAAAGAGAAAAUGCAUGAAAGUGUACUGGAAGAGCGCAGCAUAAGCACUUCUUUUAUAAUAAAAAUAAAGUUAAAUCACUGAUACAGUUAAAAUAAUGGUAUCUUGGAGACAACUUUCCUGGGCUUCGUUCGCUGUCUGCGCAAUUCUGCUGCUGCUGACCACAGAAUCUGAAGGUGGAAUGAUCUUAUUCAAAGGUAGUAAAGGUCACGGUGGUGGUGGUGGAGGAGGAGGAGCUUUGGCAACACUUUUGGCUGCAGGAGCCGUAGCUAAAUUACUGCAGAGCAACCACGGGGGUUCCCAGCAGCACGUUGAGCCAGUCUUCAUACCUGUUCCGGUCAAAGAACCACAUGGUAUGGGUAUGAUGCAUGGUAUGCAAGGUAUGGAUGACUGGUGGUAAUCAGAAUCUCUAUCGCUGUAACUGCCCAUUGUGUGUAUGUAAAUAACACCACAACUGUAUAUAUGGUGUGAUUCUGUACAGAUAUUCAUUAAAUUAUUCAUCCAUAUUAAAACUUCGUAUUUA